GAACUGCUAUGAUAAUGGCUAUUGCUGUGUGGGGAAUGCACUUUACUGCAUAUGCGGGAACCCAUUAUUAUGAAACUGGAAAACAUGUCCAAGAUAAAUUUUUCAUAAAUGAUAAUAUAUUUCUUGGGUUGGUAGCAUUGGGUUGUUGUGUCCUAUGUGUAACCCUAUUAGGCAUAGUUAUUUACGCCAGAAGAACAGAACUUUUUGUGCGAAAAAUUGCUUUAGGUGCCGCUAUAUAUAAUGAAGAAGGAAUGGUAUUGGUUUCAGUUGAAGGGUUAUUACCUUUGGUAAAAAUCGGUGACAAUGAAGAGUUUCAUCAAUUGAGUUUAGAGGAUGAAAUAUUUCAUUCCAUUUAUCAAUUGUCAAAUGAAUGGGAAACUGUAAACCAAUGUCUUCCACACAGUGAUGAGAUAAAAGUACAAAACAAACGCAAACCUUCUCGUUCUACAAUGUUUAUUGAAUCCUUUAUGUUAAAUGCUCGACAACUUUCCGAUUCUCUAAACAUUCCUUUGGCUGAAUCUGGUGUAUUAUACGAUCAAAUACUUUUCACCGGUUAUGAAUCAUCAUCAACUGAAAAACAUUUGGCUCUUGAGAAAAUAAAUCUCAACAACGAUGUACAUACUACGUCAACUUCGUCUACAUUUUCUUCAUUGUGUGAUUACUCUCAACAACAGACACUAACAUCUCAACAAUACAAAGGUCAAAUAUUGUUCAUUGUAAAACAAAUUAAACCUUUUGACAAAUAUUCAAAUAACAACACUGAAUUUGCAUGUCGUAAUAAAAAUAGAGAUAAAGGGAUUAUUGAAAAUUUUCAAAAAUUAGGCUUUAGAUUCGCUAAUCCUCGAUUAAUAGCUCCAAUAAUGGCUCAAAAAGUUGGUAUUUCAGUAAGACAAAUGCAGAAUUAUUUAGAAAAAAUGUUUCAAUAUUCGAAUUCGGGAUUAAAACCUUUCUUAGAAGCUGAUAGCGUUUAUGCUGGAUUAUUUGUUACAAGAAAUGAAAAAUCUUAUGGUGAUCGUGAUCUAGAUUCUAUUGGGAAUGGUCUUGAAAUAUUAGUAAUGGAAAAUUGUCGACAUCAAAUUCCGGUUUCUAAAUUACCUACAAUUAAAACUCUCGGAAAGAUAGAAAUGGAUCAUAUAAAAUCAAAGGAAGGAAUUCAUCUAAGCGAUUUAAUUUUACAACUUAGAACCUCAUUUCUUGGUGCAAUUUCAAAUUUAGAUUUAAAACGAGCUUCUAGAAAUCAUCUUAAAUCCAACAAAAGUAAUUUUAGACAAAAUUCAAUCGACCAUUUAAAAGACGAUGUUGAUUCUUUAAAUUUAACUACUCAACAAAAUGAAAUGUUGGAAGGAUUUAGAUAUGAAUUAAUGCAAUCAUUGCAUAGGCUAACUCAUAUUGUUAGUGAAGAGCAACUAUAUUCUAAUGCUAAACUCGUACCUAAAAUUUUUGAUAUACUGAUACCGACAACUUCCUCUGAUUCUAUAAUAUCUCAAUCAUCAGAUCCCAAUAUAAUAUAUUUAAAUGAAUCAUCAGAUCCUGAUAUAAUACCUCUAACAGAGAUUACAACAAGUCCGAGCAAACAAAAAUUUGCAAAAUUAAUAAUAUUUUACCUAACUCUUCCUAUAAAUGUAAAGCCAAAAUUAUCAAGAGGUGAAGUUUGUUUCUUACCUUUUGGAAUGUUUGAAGCUUAUCAAAACGUUCUAUAUUAUGAUUCAAAAAAAUUUGGCAAGUGUAUGCAAGAUCCAGAUGAAAAUCAAAAUAAAGGAAAAAAAGAAAAAAGAACUAUUAAUAAUGAUGAUACAAGUGAUAAUAAGAUAUUAAGUGAUGAUGAAAGAAUUGAGAAUAAAAAGAUAGAGAUUGUUGUGGAAAAUAAGCCGACACAUGAAGAUUUCUGGACUUAUAAAAAUUUAUUAAGUUUAUUACAAUCAAGAUUAACAAAAGAUAUUCGACAAAAUGAUCAUACUCGACAUAUAGAUGAGAAACGGUGGUAUCAUUCUAUUAUUGAGGAAAAUUAUAAUAAUGAUGCAGAGAUUAACUAUGAUAUUGAAAUGAUCAAUUAG